AUUUAAGUAACAUCAUUUUGUAUGCUAGUUUGUGAUCUAUUGAGUGGUCUUUGUUACAUGGGAAUUAAUGGUUUCAACUUCAAACUAAACAUGAUCUGCUUGGAAGUAUAAUUUCUUUUGUAGAAAAUUGCAUAUUACCAGUUUAAGCGUUGGUUCAAAGGACCGGUAUUGCUUGAUAUUCAUGUAACUCAAGAGUGGCCUGGCUUACCAAAAGGGGUUAAAUUUGAUCCGUCAGAUCAAGAGAUAAUCUGGCACUUGCUUGUAAAAGCUGGUGUAGGAAAUUUAAAACCUCAUCCUUUCAUUGAUGAGUUUAUUACUACCCUUGAAGUGGAUGAUGGAAUUUGUUAUACUCAUCCUCAACAUUUACCUGGUGUCAAGCAAGACGGAAGGGCCUCACAUUUCUUCCACAGAGCAAUAAAGGCUUAUAAUACCGGCACUCGAAAGCGUCGAAAAGUACAUGGUCAGGAUGACGUUCGUUGGCACAAGACUGGAAGGACUAAACUGAUCACCCUGAACGGGGUUCAAAAGGGUUGCAAAAAAAUCAUGGUUUUAUAUACAAAUGCGGUGAGAGGAGGAAAGUCAGAGAAAACUAAUUGGGUUAUGCACCAAUAUCACCUUGGGACAGAAGAAGAUGAAAAGGAAGGAGAAUAUGUUAUUUCUAAAGUUUUUUAUAAAGAAGACCAGGAUAUACCUGAAGCCGCAGAAAGUAAGAAUGCAACAGUUGCGAAAGUAGAUCCAGUCACUCCCAAAUCCACGACUCCUGAGCCUCCUCGUAAUGAAAGGCAAGAUUCAGAUCUAGGCCUGGAUCUAGACCUAGGGCAAGAAGCACUUGCUUUUCCUGAGAUGGAUUGCUUAGAUGAAAUUCAAGCUGACUGUGAAGAAUCUGCGAAAGCUAAUCCACCAGUACUGGAGACACAAGAAAAUGAAGGGAUGGACAACAAGGAAACUAAUGCUUAUGAAGGACAACUGUGGUGGGAUAGUGAUUCACAGAAUCUAUUAGAUUCACAACAACUCGUUGAAGCAUUAACUCUCUGCGAAGAUAUAUUUCACAGCCAAUCUUCCAACAAAGACGAUGAAAAUGAUAAGAACCAAACCGGUCUAUCUGUGUAUGCUCAUCUAGGACCAGAGCAUCUGAAGAAGGAUAUUGAGGAGUGUCAAAAGCUUGCUCCUGCAGGACCAGAGCAUCAGAAGGAUAUUGAAGACGGCCAAAAUCUUGACAUCGACCUUGCAAAUAUAGAGCGGGAUACUCCUCCUGAGCAUCGACUAAGUCAGCUGGAAUUUGGUUCGCAGGACAGCUAUACUUACUGGGGUUUUCAAGGCGUAAACUAAUAUCUUCCUUGAUCUCUCGGCAUUGAACCAAUUUUUUUGCAACUACAUUUUGUUGAUGUGUUAUUUGUCUUUUGCCUUUGUGUUAUGCUAAACUAUGGGGCAAACUUAACUGUUACUAGUAAGUGGUUACUACUAACUAUGCAGUAAUGUAAGACUGAACCUGAUAGAUAUUUUGAUCAACCUUGGUGUAAAUGUAAUUCAAACUUGCAAUUCUCGGCUGGUUGAAGUUUUGUUCUAUAUUCUUGCA